GCGCCUAUCCGCUGUAUGGAUUCUAGUCGCUCGCCGCCAGGGUCGCGCUGUGCCCGGGUGAGAGGCGCGUCGCAUCCGUUGUGUUUGGGCGUCAAAGCGUCGCCAUCCGAGCCGCAGCGGCUUCGCGGCCGCGGCGCCCGGGCUCCAGGCUCAUCGACCAUGACGACGACACCGACAAUGACCACAAACCCUCCGGGAAAGAUCGUGAACCCUCCUCCCCCCGAGACCACGCGGCCAGGGGCCCCCUACCAGCUCACCAACCAGCUGCAGUUCAUGCAGCGCAGCGUGCUCAAGGUCUUGUGGAGACAUCACUUCGCCUGGCCUUUCCUUCAGCCAGUGGAUGCGGCUGCACUCAACUUGCCGGACUACCACAAGAUUAUAAAACAGCCCAUGGACAUGGGGACCAUCAAGCAGCGGUUGGAAAGCAGCUACUACUGGAGUGCCAGCGAGUGCAUCAGUGACUUCAAGACGAUGUUCAACAACUGCUACGUGUACAAUAAGCCUGGCGAUGACAUCGCGAUUAUGGCUCAAGCUCUUGAAAAGGCGUUCCUCCAGAAGAUCACAGAAAUGCCAGUGGAGGAGACGCCUGUCACUACAGGCGCCGCCAGAGGGCGGGGGCGAAAACCUGCAGCUCCAAAGUUGGUUGGGGUUCCUCCUCCAUUACUGGUCCAUGGGCCACCAGUUACCACAGCAACCAGCGUCAACCCCAGCACUGCGACGCACAUAAUACCCAGGGUGAGGAAAGGCAUCAAAAGGAAAGCGGACACUACAACGCCCAGCAUGCUCCCGGCUCCCGGAGGGCCCACGGCAUCCGGAGGGCGAUGCCUGACGGCGCCGGGCAUCAACAGCGAGGAGAGUUCCCCGAACGUGGCACACAGCACGCUGCCUGCUGCGACCCCCGUGGCGGCUCCUGGCAUUGGUGGGGCGCAGAGGGAGGCGGCGGGGGGAGCCCAGGGCUGCGUGAAGCGGGAGCGGGGCGGCCCGCGAGUGAUCAAGCCCCCGCGGAAAGAGAUAUCCAUGGCCAACGUGGCGGUGCAGCGGGCGUGGGCACGGGCUGCGGUCGCGGGCGUGGGCACGGGCCCAGGAGUAGGAGUAGGGGCCACGCACGUCAGUACCCAGCGCAGCAGAAGCCGCCCGUCAACGCAGCUUCGCUACUGCGGCUCGCUGCUCAAGGAGCUCAUCAGCAAGAACCACGCCGCGUAUGCCUGGCCCUUCUACAACCCCGUCGAUGCGCGCGCCCUUGGCCUGCACGACUACCAUGAUAUAAUCAAGCAUCCCAUGGACUUGGGCACCAUCAGGCGGAAGCUGGAAGCCCGCGAAUACGCAAACGGUCAAGAGUUUGCGAGCGACGUGCGACUCAUGUUUUCCAACUGCUACAAAUACAAUCCGCCGGAGCACGACGUGGUGGCUAUGGCCCGCAAACUGCAGGACGUGUUUGAGAUGCGAUUUGCGAGGAUGCCCGAUGACCCGGUCGACCCCCCGCCCCCCUCGGCGAGCGGUCAGCCUGCCAGGAUGCCGGCGGCCGUGCGGAGCCUGUCGCCCGGCAUUUGUCGCCACGUCAACCACUCCAACGACACGUGCUCGCUCGGAAACAGCUCCGCAGACGGCAGCAGCAUCGCCUCUGAUGAGGAGGAUGAGGACAUUGAUGAUCACAACAGCAUCGUGAAAAAUGUGGUGCGAGCCAGGGAGAGCUCGGGGAGCGUGGAGUCUGGCAGCGAGGAAGACCGGACUCACCGCUUGGUGCAGCUGCAGGAGCAGCUGCGAGCCGUGCACGAGCAGCUGGCCGCGCUGUCCCAGGCGCCCCUCGUGAAGCCUCGCAACAAGAAGCGGGAGCGUGAGAGGGAGCGCGAGAGGGAGCGUGAGCGCGAGAGGGAGCGCGAGCGAGAGCGGGAGAGGAAGGGGCGACGGCGAGAAAGGGAACGGGGCCGAGAGGUCGCGGCCUCUAAGAAGCACUUGAAAAGAGGAACUGCCGCCCUCCCAGUAAAGCCGCUGCGGAAACCGCGCCGAUCCGUAACGUCCUCGGGGAGCGCGUUGACGCCGACCUCCACGUCCUCGUCGUCUCUACCCGUGGCAGGCGGCGGGGGGGCCCUGGGAGGUGGGGGGAUCGGGGGGUCACUCUCGCAGCCUCCGCACCACAACCAGGGCCGCGCGGCGGAUGACUUGUUCGACUUCCCGGCGAGCGAUGCCCCCUCCUUGCCGCAGAGCAAGUCGCCCAUGUCGUACGAAGAGAAGCGGCAGCUGAGCCUGGACAUCAACAAGCUGCCGGGCGAUCGCCUGGGUCGCGUGGUGCACAUCAUCCAGGCGCGGCAGCCGUCACUGCGCGGCUCCAACCCCGAUGAGAUCGAGAUCGACUUUGAGACGCUCAAGGUGUCGACGCUGCGCGAGCUGCAGAGAUACGUGGGCGCCUGCCUGCGAAAACGGGCGCAGCGUGCCGCGCCGCAGCAGCAGCAACACGGUAAAGGAAAGGCGCGCGGAGAUUUAGGCGAACGGAAACCGCCGAACCGAGCAGCCGCUGUGAAGAAAGAGGUGCCCGAGCCCCAGGAGACAUCUGUGCAGAGCGGCAGUUCUGCCUGCGAGUCCGAGUCGGAAUCGGAAAGCGAGAGCAGCGCCGUCGGGCGCGUGAGCUACCCUCUGGUGGAGAGCAGUACCCACAUGCAUGCGAAUGAAACCAACGUGUCAACAGAGCAGAUGACCGCGUUACCGGGAGAAUCGAACGAGAGGCUCCCGCACUCCUACGUGGUGUCCACGGCAACCACCCUCCCCGUCACUCCAGCUUUCCACAGCAGCCUUCCGCCCCAGCCCUCGCGACCGAGCACAAAAGCCGCCCCCCGACCUCCGAAAGCGCAGAGCUCCGGCUCGCUGGCCCCGUACACGCAGAGCCCCGUCCCUCUCCACGCAGCGGCGGCGGCGGCACCGCCGCCCGCCUCUCUUCGCGCCGCCGCCCCCCCGUGCCUGCCCGAGGUGCCCCCCGCGGCGCCAUACGCUCAGCACGCCGCGGCGCUCGCGCCCGGCGCGCCGCCGGCGCACGCGCAGCAGCUCGACGAGCCGCAGCGCGGCGCAUCGCGUCCGUCGGCGGCGGCGGCGAUGGCGGCGAGCUCCCACGCGGCGCACUCGCCGGAUCUGAGGCUCUCCCAGGGUCGCCCUGCGCGCUCGGACGCGCCGCGCGUGCUCUCGCCCGGCACGGUGGCGCCGCAGUUGCAGCACCAGGGCCUCCACGCGCCGCACGCGGCAGGCGCGCAGCUGCAGCAUGCGCAGAGCAUGCUGGCGCACGGCGCGAGUUGUCACGCGUCGGAGGUCACGCACGACGCCUUGCGGCAGCACGCUCGGCAGGGCGACCAGACGGAGCGCCUGGCCUCUCAAGAUGUGCUCCAGCAUCAAGAUCAAGAGGCAUACGCACACAAUCCUUUGGAACAGCAGCCCGUCUUCGCUUCGAUGGAGCACAUGCAACAGGACUAUUCCCAGGGUUCCCUGCCUCAGCCCUCGCAGCAGGGCGCUCCGUUCGCGCAACACUCGUUUCACCAGACGUUCUCCCAGGGCGAGCUGCAGCACGACGCAGGCUCCAGCCAGGACGGUGCGCAUGGCGUCAUCUCCCCGCUGCGCGACUCGUCCGAGUUCUCCGAGUUUGGGAGCGAUGGGCCGUUCUCGCACGGCGUGCUGGGCGGCUCGCAGGACAGGAUGAGCUUCGACGCCUUGUCCGGCGACGCGUUCGGGGUUGGACGCGCCCUCUCACCCCUCAGCCUCAGCUCCCCACAGUCCUCGCCGGGAUUGGACGGGCUUCAGAGAAUCCUGGAUGAGCACGUGCGCACGCCAUCUCCGUCAGGCCUGCACGAGGACACCGCGUUCUUAUUUGGGGUCCCGGAGCCAGAGAAGCCAAAGCUUGCUGCCCCUCCUGGUCAGCCCCAGAAGGAUGUGAAAAUAAAGAACAUGGGUGGCUGGGCCAGCCUGGUGAAGAUGGUCGCCCCGGUGGCCCCGUGUGGCGGCGGCGGCGGCGGUGGCGGCGGCGGAGGAGUCGGGGCAAGCGGGGGAGGAGGCCGAGCGGCCAACGAGAGCUUUGAGCAGUUCAAGAGGGCAGCGCGGGAGAAGGAGGAGCGCGAGAGGAGGGAGCGUGAGAGGGGGGAGUACAAGCGCAUGCAGCUGCAGCACUCUGAGAAGGAGCAGCGACAAAGAGAUCGGGAUGAGGAGGAGUCUAUGGAGUGUCCACGUGGGGCACAGGAGGUGACGAGGCUAGAGCAACAACAGCUCGAGAAGAUUGAACUGGAGCACCACGUGCAGGCCAUGCACACAGACAUGGACAUGCAGCAGCAUCAUCAUCAUCAUCAGCAGCAGCAGCAGGCACCACAUGAUUUGCAUAAGCAGCAGGCCGCGAAGGAGCGGGAGAGAGAGAUCGCCAGGCAGCGGGAGCAGGAGAGGCGAAGGAGAGAGGCGCUGGCAGGAACCAUUGAUAUGAAUUUCCAAAAGGACCUCAUGGCAACAUUUGAAGAAAACCUCUUUUGAUUUGCGAGUUACGGCCAACGGAGUCUGGAACCUGGACAUGAGCUCCACUCUUGAACCGGGACACAAGCUCAGCUCGUGAAGCCGGACACAGGCUCAGCUCGUGAGCCGGGACAUGGGCUCAGCUCGUGAACCGGGACACGAGAUCCACUCGUGAAGCAGGACACGAGAUCCGCUCGUGAAGACGAUACAGCCGACCUGGUUAUUCGCGAGGGGGCACAAACGUUAUGCAACUCCGUCGGGAGGCAUCGGACCGGACCGCCAACAGCCGAUCAGAGGGCGUCUUACACUGACAUUGCUCAUAACCGAGUACCGUGAUGGCGCCGCACAUGGAUUCGCAGUGUUUGGUUUGAGCAGCUUAGCCGCUGGGAUGUAACCAAAAUGUUUCCCCUUGAACAUUGGAGUGAUGUGUGCAGUCUCUGACCACUGACAUGCGCAGACUUGCAUCGUCGUAGGCUUUGAUUUUCAGGUGUGCACUAAGAUGUAAACGAUGCCACAUAUGACUGCACUAACAUAUCAACUCCCAUCAGAGCAGUGGGGAACAGCUGCAGCAGGUCGCAAGUCCCACGUGGAGGAGUGCCUCUGGAGCAGAGCGCUUUACAACCGGAGGGCAGCACAUUUUGUGUGGUAUUGUUGGUCCAGGGGGGGGUGAGUUAGGUGAAGUCGAAAUUGAAGGGUGGAUGGAGCGUUCUUGUCUUUAGGGCGGAGGGAAGCGGGUUUUGGUGAUGGACACGUCUGUUCGAGGGAGGAAAGGGUUUGUAAGUUAUUUUCCAUUGCGAGAAUCUCUGCAAUGGCACGUCCACUUUUCUGCCACCAGAAAUAAACGUUUUUUUAUUUCGUUUAGACCACCCCCAAGUUUUAUUUUGCAAUCAUGUUCCGUGAGUACACCUUCGAAUGAGAGUCUUCUCUGCAAGGCUACAUAAAACAUGGUUACUUCUCCACCGGUGAAUGCCAAGCAAACCAAAGUGUGUGUCCAUAAGUGAUCCUGUCCGGAUAUCGGCUGGCAUUCAUGGCCAUUUAACAGGUGAAGAAAAGAAACAUUCUUUUCUCACCGAGAAUUUACUUCUACGAUUCUUUGUGCAAAAGUUCCAUGUACUAUUGGGAUGAGAAAUUCAUUGAAUUUAGCAUCUAAUUCAUGGAGCUCACGUCAGCGUGUGGAUAAACACGCACGCGCCUACUAAGAACCUCGGCCUUUGGUUUGUCGCACCGUUGAGUCGCAUAGCCCCCGCUGCCAGACUCACGGCUUCAUUGGGACGCCUGGGCAGCAAGGACAAUGGACCCCCACUCCCUACUGGAGCUGUGCACCGCAGUGGUUUUUGAACAUGGGAGUGGCAUCGUUGGGUUUUGUCGGCAGUCGGAUGUCUACUAUAUGCACGGAUCCUCCUUCACGUUGACUGCUCAGUGGCUCUUGAACCAAUCACACCCGACUGCUCCCGUUGUCCUGUGUGAGCACGCUGCGACUUCACUCACCAUGCGGUGCCUCUUUAAACGAACAACGCCACAGCUACGUUACCUUGACGGCCGCGCGUCGCCUUCUCAAUCGAAAUGGGGGCUGCGGUGUGUGAUGUUAUUUUUUGCACGUGUGCCACAUCUCUCUGGCCUGGCCAUCCACGUACAUAUCUUCAUUGGCCAUUCCACAUUCCUAAGUCCACAUUUGUAUUAUUGACUGCAACCCCCGUGUCUCGCUGUCCGCAUUCGACCGCGCGCAUUUUAAUCUGGCCACUCGCUCACAUUCAUACUCGACCGAGAUUCCCAUUGGCACUUUGCGGAUUCAAGUUAGGCUCGUGGCGGCUGUGGUGUGAAAUAUUUGUUUUAAUCUUUAACUGCACGCUUAGAAAACGAAGCUGCCUCGUAUGGGUUGCCUGUGCUACGGAUUGCCGCCUGAGUUAACGCGAAGUGACUCGUAACGUAACCCAGCGAGUGUCCAAUAUGUGCGUGUAAGCUCCCCGCACCAGGUGGCCAGGUGGGAUGGCUCGAGCCUUUCCAGAUGUCGGCAUUACAGAGCGUGGAGAUUAUGCGAAUUCUGCGUUUGAAAAGAGAAUGCGUUACAUAUUUUCAGCAGCUGGAAUGGCAAAUGCAUUCCUCGUUAACAAGCACGCGUACAGCUGGGUCAGGCUGGCUCAUUCAUUACGUCUAUUCAAAUAGUCGACCCUUUGAAUUAAAUUGUCCCUUAAUCUCUCUGGCUCCACAAGAGAGUACCCAUUCUUAUCACCUUGUUUCUAAGUCUCGUCAAACAUUAAUUUUACAUUUGCUGUAAUAACGGCCGUGUCUGAAGAAGUGGGACCGCGGCUGUGGUUGAAACCUGGAGGCGUUGGUGGAGAUGACGUUGACGACGACGAUGACGGCAGCGAUGAUGAUGAGACCGAGGAGGGAGCUGCGAGGCUGUGGCAUUGACUCCGUCCAGCUCUACUUGAAACCAUUUAUAUUUUGAAUCUCUUGAUGGCGAUGUCAUUUUUUUUAAUUUGUAAACAUGUAUGUUGGAUUUUAUGCCUUUUGACGUGGAGGUUUACUCGAUCAGUUUUGGUUCCGUAUUUUUGUGUCCAUAUUUCUCCCUGUUGCCCGGUCCAGCUCUCUCACUUGCCACCUGGCACGCUCGCUCCCUGUCUGGAUGAUUACCUGUUUCCCCUGGCGAGGUGUCCCAGUAAUUAUUUUUUUAUGUUCCCCCCAAUGUCUUUGUGAUCCUUUGUCAAGGAUCCAUAUUGCCCAAAUUCACACACGGUAUGGGGGGGGGGGGUGGUGGUUGAGCUGCUGACGGUUUAAAUCCUGCGACGUGCAAUUGCCGAUUGAUUUUUAUCGUCCGUCUGUGUGAUGAUACUACUACGACUCUUGGAAGUGAUGAAGACUUUCAUCCCCUUACCUCUCAGCGUCUCACUGGCAGUUCAUGCCGACAGGAAUAGUCACCACGCACCGCUCCCCAUGCCGCCCUUCCUCACCUUAACUGUGUAUUUUGUUAGUUGAUGAAAAUUACUUGAACCUAUUAUAAUCUUUACAAAGUAACCUUGAAAGGCACGUUUGAAUAGCAAAGACAGUUCCUCCCCAAGUGUCAGUUUUUUUGAGAUGGGCACGAGAGCGUCCGACAUUGUGACACUCGCCAGCAGCACAGUCGCCCGCGUGGCAUACUCAGUACCCACAGCGACUCGUUAAAACAAACAAAAACACAUCCACAGGAAUAUAAUGCGCACGAUGUUCGGUUUUCUAUGAAGGGGUGACGUGGGGUUCGAGUAGGGAGUGUGGAGCAUCUUUGUCAAGUAUUGUAAAUGCUAUUUCUGUUUCACACUGUGGGACUUAUUCCAAACUGGUGGUUCAGUUGUGUUUUUUGUGGAAGCUGCAGGUUCCCACCCACCCGGUUUGCCAGCGAUCGGCUGCCGGGGAUGGCCGGGCCCCCACCGUGGACGACUGCGCGCACACAAUGCCCUCACCCUUGCACCCCAGACGCAUGUGCGCGGUGUUAAUGAAGCCGUGGUGGUUGGGGGGGGGGAUCACAGGUCGUUGAGGAUCGGAGGAGGCCUUCGGCUGAGCUCUGUGACCUCGCUUUGAAUGAGGCGUUGAGCAAGCGAGGGGUGGGGUGGGGGGUGAAUCCGCUCAACCCCCCCCCCCCCACUCUGCGCUGAUCAUGGCUCCUUGCGGACGAAGGUGAACGGCCACUGGCCGAGAAGCGGACGAGCGGCGUCCUUCGGGAGGAGGAGGAGGGGGGGGGAAUCCCAAUUCCGUACGACGGCGAUUGCCUUUUGGUGUGGAGCUGUUGGUCUGUAGGGAUCGUGGUUUGUUGCGAGGUUACUUGGCGGGACUUUGUAAAAUA